AUGAGUGUUAGCAAUUUGGUUCGUGAAGCAGAGCAGUUAUAUGAACAAGGUGACCAUGGUGAAGCUGUUGCACGUUUAACGACUGCAUUGAAAUCUAAUCCUAAUGAUCAAGAUACCCAAAAGAUUGAAGAAUUAAUUAACAAACUUGGGUUGCACGCUUUUGAGAACGGUGCUGGGAAUGGUUCUAGAGAUAUUGGUGGAAGUGGUGAAAGAGGAAUUGGAACCCAAUUGGCCUCAUCGUUCUUUGCACCAUCAGGAUCCAACAGUGCACAAUUAGGUAAGUUGGCAAUGCUAGGUACCAUUUUGGCUAGUAAUCAAAAGGGUAGUGGUGGCGGGCUACAGACUGCCAUCUCGCUUUUUACUGGCCAUCAAAAGAGCUCUAGUGGUAGCGGCGGUGGUUGGGCUUCAUUUGCCUCCAAAUUCUUUAGCAAUGGUAAAGGACAAGCACCUUCUUCAGGUGGUUAUGGUGGCCAACCACACCAGGAUACUAGUACAUUUUCAAAAUUGUCUUCAUUGGCUAAUUCUUAUAUGUCCAACCAAGGUGGUCCAACCGGUGGUCAAUAUGGCUCUCAGGAGGGCCACCACGGUGGUGGAUACGCCCAAGGUGGAUACGCCCAAGGUGGAUACGCUCAAGGUGGAUACGCUCAAGGUGGAUACGCUCAAGGUGGAUACGCUCAAGGUGGAUACGGUGGAUACGGUGGUCCUCAGGAGGGCCACUACGGCGGUGGAUACGCUCAAGCUGGACAUGGCGGUUCCAAUAAUGCUAGUGGAUCUCAAAGUAAGUUAGGUGCUGUUGCCUCGAUGGCUAGUAACUAUUUAUCUGGUAAUGGUAAUAAACCUGCCCAUGGUGCUGAAUCUAACCACAAUGAAAGUGGCCACGGUGAUGGGCUAUCCAGUUUAGCUUCAGUAGCAAGUAACAUCAUGGGUCAUGGUAAGGGUCGUCAUGAACCACCAUCCGCGUACGGUAAUCCAAAUAUGGGUGACAAUGGCUUCAAUUUCACCGGCGGUAGCCAUUUAGCGCCAUUGUAG